AUGAGUGUGACUUUGGACAUUUCUGCAAGGUGCACAACCCAUGAGUGUGUCUUUGACAUUUCUGCAAGGUGCACAACCCAUGAGUGUGACUUGGACAUUUCUGCAAGGUGCACAACCCAUGAGUGUGACUUGGACAUUUCUGCAAGGUGCACAACCCAUGAGUGUGACUUGGACAUUUCUGCAAGGUGCACAACCCAUGAGUGUGUCUUUGACAUUUCUGCAAGGUGCACAACCCAUGAGUGUGACUUGGACAUUUCUGCAAGGUGCACAACCCAUGAGUGUGACUUGGACAUUUCUGCAAGGUGCACAACCCAUGAGUGUGACUUGGACAUUUCUGCAAGGUGCACAACCCAUGAGUGUGACUUGGACAUUUCUGCAAGGUGCACAACCCAUGAAAGUGACUUGGACAUUUCUGCAAGGUGCACAACCCAUGAGUGUGACUUGGAUAUUUCUGCAAGGUGCACAGGUAAAAAAGGCAGUGGUGAGCAUUGGUAA